AUGGCUGAGAAAAUUGGUCUUGUUGAAAGUUUCCUGAGUUGCCAUGUGUGUUCAGAGACUUUCAGAGAUCCUGUGUCUCUGAGCUGCAGCCACAGCUUCUGUUCAAGCUGUCUGCAAAAAUUCUGGAAACAAGCUGAAAACAGAAACUGUCCCAUUUGUAAAAGGAAAUCUUCAAAGGAUCGUCCAUAUGUGAACUUUUCACUGAAGGAACUAGCUGACUCAUUUGCUGGGAGACAGAAAGCUGGAUCAUCUGAGACAGAAAAGGGAGAAAAGGUGGUGGAGGUGGUGUGUAGCAAACAUCAAGAAGAGCCUAAAUUGUUCUGUAAAGAUGAACAGAGAGCUGUGUGUCCUUCCUGUGAUUUUCCUCACCAAAAAGAUCACAAGGUAGUUCCUGUAGAAGAAGCAGUCAGUGACCUGAAGGACCAGCUGAAAUCUGACUUAAAGCCUCUACAGGACAAGAUGGACAAAUACAAACAAGUGGAGAAAACAUACAAUGAAAUGAUUCAACACUCCAAGAAGCAGCUGUUGUCCACAGAGAGGCAGAUCAGAGCAGAGUUCAACAAGCUCCACCAGUUCCUGAAAGAGGAAGAGGAGUCCAGACUGGCAGCUCUGAGGAAAGAAGAGGAGCAGAAGGGUAAGACUAUGAGCAGAGAGAUGAAGAAGAUUCAGGAGCAGAUCUCCUCUCUGUCAGACAGUAUCUCUGCUGUUGAAGAAGACCUGCAGAAACACAACGUUUCAUUCCUCAGCAGUUAUAAACACACUCAGACCAGAGCCAGAGCCCAGUGCUCACUGUCAGAUCCACAGCUGGUCUCAGGAGCGCUGAUAGAUGAGGCCAAACACCUGGGCAACCUGUCCUUCAGAGUCUGGGAGAAGAUGAAGGAGACGGUCCACUUCAGUCCUGUCAUUCUGGACCCAAACACUGCCAGUGGAUGGCUUUAUCUGUCUGAUGAUCUGACCAGUGUGAGACAAGGAGACACAUAUCAGCAGCUCCCUGAUAAUCCAGAGAGAAACAUUAAUUAUGCCAAUGUUCUGGGCUCUGAGGGUUUCAGCUCAGGGAAACACAGCUGGGAGGUGGAGGUGGGAGACCAUCCUCACUGGUUAGUGGGUUUGGCUAAAGAGUCAGUUGACAGGAAGGGAGAGAUAUUUGUAGAACCAAAAUAUGGAUUCUGGUGUUUAACGCAUCGCAGUGGAAAAUACACUGAUGUUGUUGGUAAUACUGUCACAGAGAAGAAGAGUCUCCAGAGGAUCAGAGUCCAGCUGGACUAUGACAGGGGGGAGGUGUCCUUCUACGACCCUGAAGACGAGACUCACAUCUACACUCACAGAGACACUUUCACUGAGAAACUCUUCCCUUAUUUCAGUAUUGGAAAGUCUGGUGAUGCUAAAGGCACUGAUAUCAAAAUCUGUCAAACUGAGAUUUCUCUGUGAUGUUCAGGAAGGUUUGUGUUAUCAACAUUUUGAUUGACUUUUCUUUAAUCAUUUUUUCUUUUGUCUGAAGCAGAUUUGAUUUCAUGUUGAGGGUCACUGAAUUUUGUUGCUUAAUGAAACAAAUGAUCCAAACUGGUUUUAAUGUACAAAGCAGAUACAAUAUCUUUUAUAAUUGUUUUUUGUUCUCUAAAGUCACUUUUUAAAGACUUAAAUAUAUCUAUUUAGAUCACAUUAUAUGAAGAUAAAUAAAAUCAUCACUGUAUCACUGAGACUGUGUUACAUCAUCUGAGGUUGAACUUUUAUAAAAGGUACAAAUCAAAUCUGUUUUUAUUAUAAUUUUUAAACCUGGUUAGUAGCAUCUUGUUUUUAUU